UUAAAUAUCCAUCAUAAAUUUAUGGUUUUGUUUUAAACAAUUCAUUCGGUUUGACCAUUGUUUGGUAGUAUUGUUAAUUGUUUUUUUUUCUAUAGAAAAUGUUUUCAUUGAAAUUCUAUUCAUCCUCAUCAUCAUUGUCAUACACAUCUACAUUGUUGAUAAUUAUAACAAUAAUUUUUUGGAGAAUUCGUCUAUCAUCAGCAAUAUUGUUUGGUGGCGUGAAAAUGGUACCAAAAUUUCUACCAAGAGUUGUGGCCGGAUUCUAUAGUCUACAUCCGGCAUAUGAAAGUGAUAUACCGGCACCGAUUGCAUCGAUAUCAUCACCAUCAUCAUUAUCAUCAAUUCGGCAGCCACAAUUUUCAGCAUCAACAUAUAGUCAUCAUAAGAAUAAUUAUCAAUACAUUGGUCAACAACAACAACAAAAGAUAAAACAUCGUCAUAAAGUCAAAUAUAGAAAACCAAAUUAUCAUAAACAAAAUCAAUAUCGACCAUCGAAUUAUCAUAUGAUACGACUUAAUCCUCAUAUUGUUGAUAAUUACAUGUUGAUUGCAAAACAAUUGGCCAUACAUUAUGGAACGAAAUAUCAAUAUCCGGUUGAUAUACUCUAUGAUCAAAUUAUACGAAUCAUGUUCGAUUAAAAAAAUUAUGU